UGAGACGUUUUUCUUUUGGUUUCUGUUGCAUAAGAUGGCUAUAAAUAGGCAACAAAAUAUGAGCAAAUGCCACAUCCACCAAAGAGAGCUUUUUCUUAUAGCUUAAUCAUGGCAUACAAUGCAAUUUCAUUCUUCUCAUUCUGCACUCUCCUCCUUGUCCUUCCCCUGCUGUUUCAGGCUGUUUUAGCAGACUCAAAAGACAAAAAGACAUCCCCAUUUGAGUUUCUCCAACAUCUCCAAGGAUGUCACAAGGGUGACAAGGUUAGAGACAUAUAUAAGCUCAAGAAGUAUCUGGAAAAACUCGGUUAUUUGAGCUAUAGAAAGAACAAAACUCAUGCCCAUGAUGAUGAUUUUGAUGAGCUCUUGGAGUCUGCCAUGAAAAUUUACCAGCUCAAUUUCCAUUUGAAUUCCACUGGAACUUUGGAUGCCCAAACAGUGUCAAAGAUGAUGAUGCCUCGAUGUGGGGUGCCAGAUAUCGUCAAUGGUACAUCCUGGAUGCGUUCUGGCAAGAAAAAGCACCACCCUGGAGGCUCUAAAUCUAUCCAUCAAGUCUCCCAUUUUUCCUUCUUCCCUCGAAGCCCCAGAUGGCCGGCUUCCCAGUCUCAUCUCACCUAUGCGUUUCUUCCAGGGACUCGUGGUGAUGCCAUGAGCCCCGUUGCAAGAGCUUUCCAAACAUGGGCUGCAAAUACACACUUCAGGUUUUCAAGAAUUGAGAACUACAGAGAUGCCGAUCUCACUAUUAGUUUCGAACGUCGUGAUCAUAGAGAUGGGAACCCUUUUGACGGUCCUGGUGGAACCAUAGCUCAUGCUUUUGCACCAACUAAUGGGAGAUUCCACUAUGAUGCAGAUGAACCCUGGUCCGCAAGUGUCAGCCCCGGUGCCUUUCACUUGGAGACUGUUGCAUUGCAUGAAAUCGGACACCUUCUUGGUUUGGGGCACAGCUCAGUUGAGAAUGCCAUUAUGUACCCAUCCAUCUCGAAUGGAAGAUCCAAGGGUCUGGAUAGGGAUGAUAUUCAAGGAAUCAGAGCUCUAUAUAACAGAUGAAGAGUUAAAAAAGUGAAAACCUAUGCAUUGAUAUUGAUCAAUAUUAAUGCAUCAAAAGUUUUCAUCGUUUUUCACUUUGGUUUCAAGUCAUAUAGAAAAGAAUUGGCCAUGAGAAUAAGUCUUGUUCGACAAAACAAG